GUUGGUCGUCUUCACUGGACUUCAAUGUGCCAUUCUUCUUUGGCUCGUUGGUCGGGUCAUUACGCAAACUAUUUUACUUGGAAUAGUUUAGGAUACACGGUGCUCAGGUGAGCUUGCAAUGUCCGCCAACGAUAUUGAUAAUCGUGCUCUAGUCGAGGAGACUCCGCCAGAAGGAGAUCUCGAAAACGAUCCAAGUUUGUCACCACCACUUACACCCCAACUGAGAGGAGGACACACACCAAGUGUGACUGGCAAACUGCAGCAUAAUGUUGAUGAAUCUGUUCCAAAAAAACUCACCCUGCAAAGUUGCUCCAUUAACUUGCUAUCCGACCAAGAGACGUCGCUGAAAGGCGAGGGGGCCAACAGUACCGGGCCGUCCAGAGAAGCUACUGACAUACACUUCGAUCCAGCUAUCAGUGACUCUGAUCUUCCGCUCAGCCCGCUGUCCAACUGUUCAGAGCAAGGUUUUAUCGCUGGGCAAGACGAUGCUACCAGAAUCGAGAGUCGUGAAAAUGAGUACGAUCAAUCACCUGAAUCCCUUCGUGAAAUCACGCAAGGCACCAGGAUCUCCAAGCCUGUCUAUCCGUGUUCGACGCCAUCCCCGAUAUUCAACGACGAGCCAUUACUACAAACACAGUCGGAAGACUCGGCCUUGGAUGGGAAUUCCUUGUCUGUCACACACAGUCCCAGAUUGGGCGUCUUACCGACGCUGUCACCGCCAACACCAGAAACGAAAUCAGCUCAUCCUGACAGCGUCACGGAGAACACAUGCAGAGAACUUCAAAUUGUGCAGUCUGGGCUUGCUGGAUAUGCGGGGGAGACAGGUGAUUUUGUUUCCACCCAGAGCGAAGAGUCUAGCGACUGUGGCGACUGCCACAAUGAAGCUACGACCAACGUACUGGAGUCCUCAAAUGUGACAAGUCCCGGAAAUUGUGACUUUGCUGAGAACAAAGAGGGCAACAGAACUGGCACUCACGAGCCAUCAUCAGUAAAUGAAAUUCGAUCAACACAAACCGUGGACGCGGGGGUAAAAUUUAUGUUUUGUGUUCCGGAAGAGGAACAUUUGUCCCAAGAGCUUAGUGUUGAUGCAGACUGCACUGCAUUGCAACAUGGCGCAACAUCAGCAGGCAAUUCAUGUUCUUCUGAGUGUACAAGUAAUAUGCCAGGUACAAAUAGCGUACAUGCAGACGCUAACUCAUAUGACUCUCAGAAGUGGGACCCUUCAGACACAGGAGAGAAACAACAAGGCUCAACACUAACUCCUGAGUGGCCAGCCAACGGUAGUGAUGAAGAUGAGGAGGAGGAGGAGAAUCAGGAAAUAGCCAACAGAUCAUUAUCGCCUUGCCAUCCAGAAAAUGCUACCAACUUUGGCCCAUCAGCUGCUAGUAGUGAUGCAAGCUCCGAUGAUACACUAUCAUGCUCAGUUGUGACGAGCUCACCAAUAUGUGCUGGCCAGAAGGUACCAUCACCCAAUGACGUAGCUGAGCUACAGGACCAUCUGUCAUGCAGUGAGCGCAGUGUUGAUGAUACAAGUGAUGCUGUGUCGCUGAACAGUCUUAGUGGCAGUGAUUGCCCGUCUACUUGUCCCACUGUCAUCCUCACAGGUGCCAGUGCUAUGCAUGUGGACACACGCCUAGCUGAAGUACCAUGGCCAGGAUCACCAGUACAGCACAGCCAGUCCAUAUCUGCACAAGAAGAGCAAGAACACUGCCACCAUGAUCAGCCUGCAGUGAUGUCAAGCCAGUGCUUACCUGAACAAGUCACAUUGGUAUCAGCACUAGCACCGAUACCAGUGUCAGCAGCAGAAGUGGCAACAACACAGGGUCUUCGGAAUCUCCAGGAUACUGCUCCAGCCGAGUGCCGGACAUACAGAGAUGACAUCGAAGCACCACAACCAGUACUACUGGGUGUGGGGUUAUCUUCUCCAAUUACUACGUUUCAGCCCAGCUCAGAUGCAGAAAUGGACGAUAUGACAAGUAGCAGAGCUGGUAUAGACCCAGGGUGUACCCUUGUCAAUGAUCACAUCAGACAUUCACCAGUGGAUGUCGCAGAGAGCAGCAGUCACAGCAGUAGUAGCAGUAGUAGCUGUGGCUUUGCAGCUAGAAAGAGGAGCACAACACCCAUAGAUCCAGAUACCUAUGAGUAUCACACUAGCAAUAUGGACAUGUUAUUCAGUAUGCGGCAUAGUGACAGCACUACAGAGGUGUGCAAUGCCCAGGAUACCUUAGUACCGAGUACCAGUGAACAGCCCGCGAUUGCAAGAUGUCAACAGACCAAUGCGAGGAUGCUACAGGUCGCACCGGGAGUACAAGGAGAAGCACAUGACCAAGACAUCCAUUCCAAUCUUGAGGUUGUGAAUUCCGGAAUGGCAUUAGCUGAUGCAGAAGCAGCCAGCUCUGGUGAAUCUUCGGCACCAGUUCAUGAUUCUAGCUUUUAUGCAAGUACACCGGAUUAUCAACGGAGUAGCGAUCAGAGUAUCAGUGCUCAUGCAGGUGAUGUUGUGAUCCCUGGACAGAUGCAUGGGAGCAAUUGUGACACUAUACCAGCAAAGCCGAGCCAUGAGCAACAUAUGUGCAGACCAGCGAUGGUGCAGUCACCUGGAGACAUAUCCGUGCUAGAAGUAGAGCUGGAGGGAGUGGAUGAGACCGAGGACAUUGCCAUCACAUUACCAUGUGCUACCGGUACCUUCAUCGAUGAUGGCCUGUGUGAUGAUGACUCGCUCACACCUUCUGGCACAGACUCAGGCAUCAUUUUGUCAGUUCCCAAUCACCCAACACAGCUGUUGAGCAAUAGCAGCCCUCCAGCUGUUCAAUACAUACAGGCAAGCAAAGGUGCAGAACGCAAGCCACGCUGGUUUCUCGUGAACAAGCCAACAGCACAUCCACGUCGUAGAACUGGCCUGUCCAAGCGAGCAAAGUGCCAGCCACUGCACAAGAAAACUACAUAGGCAGCAGUCAAAGAUUAUUCACCACUGCUGCAUUGUAAACCAGUUCUAUUCAAGGUGUCUAUUCUCUAUGUAAGCCAAUGUAGAUAUUUCUUCAUCAUAACGUAAUUUAGCCCAGCAGUUCCAACAGCGGGGUUUGUGAGCAAUUUAAAAAGCAAUUAGUUACUUCCACAUACUAGUAGACAGUGAGCUGAUCCACGCCAUUUUGAUGCAGUCCAUAUUGCUUGAGCCUCGAUAGCUCAACACUAAUUUCCUUCAGACUCAUGGCUUCUAGUUUUGUGGACAACUUUAUAUUCGAUAUGGACAUUUCUCGAUUUUCCGCUUCUCCAUGAUCGAUGAUUGGAACUAUUUUCGGGUCCUUCACAUUAAAGCUAGAUGCACGGCAUAACAUGUGAUCGUAUGACGUUUGAAUUUACGAUGUACAUUUUAGGUCACAGUACACCUGGGCCACCCACCGCUGUCGUGUCUUUCGAGAUCUUGCCUUCAAACAUCACUGAGUAUGGUACAAGUGUACCAAAGAAUGGCUAUACGAGUACAUUACCGAGGCCAGAUAAGACAAGGUUAGCUUUUUGGCUUUCAUGCCGUGCUUCACUGUACAUUCGACUCCACUUAUAACAACCUCGCAUGUAGCGAAUUUCGUGAUAUAGCGAACCCUUGUCCCUGUCCUUGUUCGAACCCAUAAAAAAUUGACGCCGGCUUGUAACGAACCAUAAUUAUUAUCUUGAAGGGCCGCAUGUAAACCAAGUGCACUCAUGCAGGCAUGGGCCACAUGCCAGUCAUGACUUCCUGCCUGUAUAGUGUGAGUGCAUUUCUGUUAUAACGAACAUCGGUCAUAAAGA